AUGUCGAGGAUAGCAGGGACUAGUAUUCUGUCUUCUACCACAACCCGCUCUGCAACCUCGACCGUUCUCACGAUUCUCUAUCAAACAGCAACGCGAGUUCUCGAUGCUCAGACCACUGUCUCUGUCACAAGCACCCUAACCGUCCACCCGCCAAAGCCAACGACCAUCACAAAGACAGAAUUCGCCUCGCUCCCAGCUGAAUCAGCCCCAUCCUCCACCUCAUCAACACGCACGCCCGGCCUCGCCAUCCCAACCGGCAAGUCCAGCAGCGACGACUCGACCGUGCUCUCCACGCCCGCCAUAGCCGGCAUCGCCGCAGGGGGCUUCGUCGCGCUCCUCGUCGUCCUCGGCAUCGCACUUCUCAUCUGCCUCAAGCGGCGGCGGCGCCGCCAAGCCGCCGCCGCCGCCCGCGUCGAGGACGACCUCAACGCCUACUACGGCAUCAUCCCGCCGGUCGCCUUCGCCUCCGCCCGCACGCUGCGCCGCGAGCCCAAGAUGCCGCCCGCCGACAUCUUCGCGCCGACGAGCCCGCAGCACCACGGCGCCGCGUUCCACUUCCAGCCCGCGGCCGGUGCGGUGGUGCCGGCGGCAGGCCAGCACGAGCGCGCCGUCAGCUCGCACACGGCGGCGACGACGCUCGUGGGCAGCGCGGGGAGUCCCGUCCCGCGAGCCAAGAGCCUGCGGGCGAGCAGCGUUCAGCCGGCGCUGUCGCCGUCGCCGCCGGCUGAGGUGGCUGGGCUGGAUGUGCCGCCGAGGACCAUCGCUUAG